AUGAAUGCUUCAGUGUCGUCCCGUCCUGGUGAAUGUCACCAGCUGCGUCGCCUGCCAGCUACGCCGCUCACCACGCUGGGUCACCACGCUAGGUCACCACGCCAGGUCACCACUCUGGGUCACCACGCUGGGUCACCACGCGCUAGCUACCACUCUGGGUCACCACGCCGGGUCACCACGCCAGGUCACCACUCUGGGUCACCACGCUGGGUCACCACGCUAGGUCACCACUCUGGGUCACCACGCUGGGUCACCACGCUAGGUCACCACGCUGGGUCACCACGCUGGGUCACCACGCUGGGUCACCGCGCUGGGUCACCACUCUGGGUCACCACGCCAGGUCACCACGCUAGGUCACUGACUCUGGGUCACCACACGCUGUCACCACGCUAG